AUGAAUGAUUCAUGCACAUUUACCUCGAUGGAUGCGACCAGUCUCGUGGAAUUCGUUGGAAAAACUGUUGUCGUGCGUACAAAACAGCAACACGCAUCCAAAGGCGUCGUUCACACUGUGGAUCCGGUGACAAAAAGUAUCGUAUUGCUAAUCAACAAACAGUGUGAGAUAUUUUCUGGAAUAAACAUCAAAAGUGUUCAAUUUGAAGAUUUGUAA